AUGCCAGGCAUCCCUUCGAUCCCGAUGCCAGGCUUGGUCCGGUCCUUCUUCUCGCACUUCCCGCUCGUCGUGUACGAUGCUCCACCGACCGCGACACCGGCACCGAGCAAGCCCACUCUCUGGCUCCUCGGCCCGCCACCAGCAUCGUCCUCAUCCUCGUCAACCGAUCCCACCUCUCAGCCUCAGUCACUGGACCCUUACAGUCGCUACGCUGCGACGUUGGCCCGUUUCUCGCAGCUCGGCGCGGUCGAGCUCAGAUGGUGUUCGAGUCCCUUGGGAGCGCCCCAAAGCCGACUACCCGCACUGCACCUCCCCAAUGGCGAUCUGCUUUCACGGGAGGAAAUUCCCGACUGGUUUCACCAACAGCAGCAAGAGCACAGGUCAAAGCAGUCGCGCUCGUCGUCCCCUACUUCGAGCUCGCGCGCACCGAGCGGUGGUGACGUCGAAGCGAGCCGAUUGGCGUACCUGUCCCUGAUCCAAUCGGCCCUCUUACCCGCCCUCCUAUCAUCUCUGUACCUCGCUCCAAAACCCGUCCCGCUCGUCCCUUCGUCCCAAGCUCCGUACCUGACCUCGCUCGUACAAAGCCUCUCGGGCCGCUCCGAAAGGACCGAACGGAUCAAGCAGAUCAAGGCAUUGCAGGCACGUCACGACAUCGGAUUCGAGGCCGGCUUGGACGUUGACAAGGUCGAGUUGGGCGCCAAGGAAACGAUCGAAGCGGUCGAGGUCAAGCUGGCGUCGAUGAAGAAGAGUUCGUGGUGGGAUGGGGCCGAGUGAGUGGCUUUUCGGGGAUGGUCGCCGAGGCGUAGAGCUCUGAAGUCGUAUGCUGACUGUACGCCAAACCAAUCUGCUGCUCAGAUCAGCAACGGACCUCGACGCAUGGCUGUACACGUGCUUGUCGAUCGUGUUGGACCUGCCGAGGAACGAGACGACGAGGUCGCUCAAGGACCAACUGGAUCGAGCACCGACACUGAUGAACUGGGUACAGGAAAGGCGGGUAUGA